CAUUCUUCAUUCACUUCACUCCAACGUGAAACCUGCAACUUAAUUUAUCUCCUCCCAUUAUUUUCUUUAGCUUCUCUUAAAUUUUCACACUUAGGGUUUUUCAAAGAAAGAGAGAGAGAGAAGUGUGUGAGAGCGAUGAUGCAGACUCCGUACACUACUUCAACGCAGGGUCAGUAUUGUCAUUCUUGUGGAAUGUUCCACCACCACAGCCAAAGCUGCUGCUACAACAACAACAACUCCUCCAACGCCGGAUCUUACUCGAUGGUCUUCUCCAUGCCAAACGGUGGCGUUUUCGAACAGACCGGCGAGGACUAUCAUCACUCUUCCUCCGCUGUUGACUGCACUCUCUCACUUGGAACUCCUUCUACGCGGCUUUGUGAGGAGGACGAGAAACGUAGACGCUCUACUUCCUCUGGUGCUUCUUCUUGCAUCUCCAACUUCUGGGACUUGCUUCACACCAAAAACAACAACUCGAAAACGACGCCGUUCAGUAACGUUCCUCCUUUCUCCACUAACAAGCCAACCCGCGGUUGUUCCGGUGGUGGAGGAGGCGGUGAUUCUCUUCUCUCUAGACGCUGUGCCAACUGCGACACCACUUCUACUCCUCUAUGGAGGAAUGGUCCUAGAGGCCCUAAGUCCCUAUGCAACGCAUGCGGCAUUCGUUUCAAGAAGGAAGAAAGAAGAACCACGGCGGCUUCGGGAAACAUCGUCGUAGGAGCUGCACCGGUUCAAAACGAUCACUACGGGCAUCACAACUCCGGCUACAAUAAUUACCAUGCUGCCACCGGUAACAACAAUAACAAUGGUACUCCGUGGGCUCAUCAUCAGUCGACGCAGAGGGUUCCUUGUAACUAUCCGGCAAACGAGAUCAGGUUCAUGGAUGAUUACAACGGGGGAGUAGGAAACAAUGGUGAAUCUGACGGUGCUCACGGUGGCGUUCCGUUCCUUUCGUGGAGGCUUAACGUGGCGGAUAGGGCAAGUCUUGUCCACGACUUUACCAGAUGAAAGGGAAAAGAAGAAAACGACGUUAGGUUCUUAAAAAUCUCCAUGUGGUUUAAUUAUGUCUAAUUAAAAAAAAUGUUAUGAAAAAAAAAAAACAUUAGAAGUGUAUAUCGAGGGACGAUGUUGAUGUUAUUGAUAGCGACGGUCUAACUUAUGGUUUAUCUAUAAAAGUACCGUUCUGGUCAAAUUUAAAUUAAUUUCCUAUAU